ACAUAUUUUAAUGCAAUUUCCCAGUAAGUACGCUUGCAUGAACGCUUCCAGUAAUGGCAACACGUUGACUACGUAUGCUCAGGCGGCUACUUCUUUAUUGAGACCCACUGGGCAGUAUGAUUGAUUGUGACACUUAAUUGGUGCUUUAAAACAGCAGAAUGCAGGAUAAUCUUGAUUGGGUUUGAAUUCAGGGUACAUCACAGACCCAUAGAUAAGAUCAAACUUCUAGAAGCCAGCGAUUGAACUAAUUUAUUAGGCAGAAAUCAUGCCCACUACCCCUAACAAUCAGCUAAUGCCAUACCAAACUCCAUUGACUAGCAUUAUUUAAACUAUUGACAGCUCUUCUCUCCCCUCCUGUAUAUCAUCCUUCCCCUCCAUAGUCUGUGUCAGCAAUUCAAAUAAAAUCUUAAUUAGCAGUUUUCAAGUGGAUGUUUUUUCAGUUUUUUUUUACUGGUAUAUGAUUUUCAAUGUUUCAGAUCAAACUGUAUGAUUCAUCAUCAAAAAUAAGAAAACACGACAAUAAAAUAGAAUAGAUUAUGAAUUUUUUAAUUGUUAUAGCUUGUUUUUCAAGAAAAAAUCCAGUCUGAAGAUCAUGGGGAAGUGGGUUCUGAGUUUAAUGAAACAGAGCAUGAUGUUAAUGAUUUAUAUUGUAAUGUUUCUGUUUAUUUGUAGUUGCCCAAAUGCCCAAGGGGUGACUCUCUGUCCCGGUUGUGGUAAUACAACAGUUCCAUACCCAUUAAGCACUGCAGAUGGGUGUGGUCUCCCUGAUUACAGAGUCCACUGUAAUGCCCAAAAACAGCUUGAAUUGCCAGCCUUGAAUGGCAGUUCAUACAGGAUUCUGAGUAUCAAUCCAGAUUCCAUGAGAAUGGUUAUAAAGCCCUCAGAUCUGAUGAGCAAUUCAUGCCAAACCCAAGAUAUGAAGGCCAGUGGAAUACAGCUGAAUCAGAGCCUGCCUUUCAACAUCACAAGCACCAACACAGUAAUGUACUUGAACUGUGAUCCUGUAUUGUUGAGAUCUCCUUUGAACUGCACUUCUACCAGUCCCUGCCAUCAAUUCAUAGACCAAGUUGGGGAAGCCAAGGUGUGUAGAAACACUUCUCUGUGCUGCACUUUUACUGCUGGUGGUUCUUCUACUUCCUACAGAGUAAGGGUUUGGAGUGGCGGCUGCAGAGGCUAUACCAGUGUUCUUAAUUUUAACCCUGCCUUGCCUGUGAAUAAGUGGAACUAUGGAGUGGAGAUAAUGUGGGCUGCACCGCAUGAGCCUUCUUGUGAAAAACAGAGUGACUGUGACCAGAACUCUUCCUGCUUGAAGGACCCAAUGAAUUCUGCAAUCUCCAGGUGCCUCUGUGUUAAAGACUACGUUUGGGAUCCUGUGCAAGGAUUCUGUGCAAAAAAUGUGUCUGUCUGUAAUAAUCCUAGCGGCUGUGGGGGUGGCAACAACCGAGGGCCUUUAAUUGGAGGGUUGGUAACGGGAGCAUGUGUAGCAUUCAUAGUAGCAGUAAUCUCUGUGGUCUUCUACAGAAAAAAGAAGCUGCAGAUGGAAAUUCAAGCCCAAUUAUCCAAACAAAGGGCAGAAAUCUUAGCAGUCAACAGUGGAGGAAAGCCCGCCAAGCUCUUCACCCGCAAAGAGAUGCUCAAGGCCACUAAUGCAUUCUCAAAUGAUCAACUGCUUGGAAUUGGGGGUUUUGGCGAAGUUUACAGGGGAACCCUGAAAGAUGGAACAACUGUAGCAGUAAAGACAGCCAAGCUGGGCAGCAUAAAAGGAACAGAGCAGGUAUUAAAUGAAGUCAGAAUACUCUCCCAAGUUAAUCACAGAAAUCUGGUAAAACUUUUGGGCUGCUGUGUAGACACAGAGGAACCUCUCAUGAUCUAUGAAUACAUCCCCAAUGGAACCUUAUAUGACCAUCUUCACAAAGGCCCAUUUCUGGACUGGAAAACCCGCUUAAACAUUGCCUGCCAGACUGCAGAAGCUCUGGCCUACCUUCAUUCUGCUGCAUUUCCUCCAAUUUAUCACAGAGAUGUGAAAUCCACCAACAUUCUCCUGGACCAAAACAUGAAUGCCAAAGUCUCAGAUUUUGGCUUGUCUAGGCUUGCAGAGCCAGGUUUAUCUCACAUUUCUACUUGUGCUCAGGGCACCUUGGGCUACUUGGAUCCAGAGUAUUACAGAAACUAUCAGCUCACUGAUAAAAGUGAUGUCUACAGUUUUGGGGUCGUGUUACUCGAACUCGUGACGUCUCAGAAGGCGAUUGAUUUCAGCAGGGAUUCUGAUUACGUGAACAUGGCUGUUUGGGUGGUUGAAAAACAUGAGGAAGGAAAAGUUAUGGAGGUUGUCGAUCCUCGCUUGACAGAAAAGGCUUCGCCUUUGGUGUUGGAUACUAUAAAAUCUGUGGCUUUAAUGGCGGUAGGUUGCUUGCAGGAAAAGAGACAGGACAGGCCCAGUAUGAAAGAAGUUGCAGAGGAAAUCAACUAUAUUAUCACCAUGGAAGCUGCAGGCAUGUUACCAGAUGAUAAUCAUUUCGCCAGCUCAGCUGAUAACUACCCACUUCUCCACAAUUGAGCUCAUGUUUUCUGUAAAUUCCAAGCUGUAACAUAAGGUCUGUUCGUUCGUUUCUCCUGGCUGCUGGAUUUUCACAAUUUUGAUCUCAGUUUUUUUUAGAUUAGAUUGUGUUAAAAAUUUGUAUCAAGGCUUGAAUCAUAUUAGAUUUUCACAAUUUAUUUGUUGAUCUCUGUUGUUUGUGUCGUGAAGUUCUGGAAUACAGUAUAUUUAUAAUUUCAUAAUAAUAAUAUUGAUGAUUUUUA